AACUACUCCCUCCCACAGCUCCAGUAUCUGGCCUUAGAGGUGCCCUUCACCCAUCACCUUAGGCAUCUACCCUCUUCCAGAACUUCAGCCCUGGCAAGCAUUGCAGGCUCAAGGUGGAAAGCCACCUCCUGUCUCCACACCAUAGAGGUUCCCCCUACCACUGCCACGCCUUGAUCUUGCCAUGUAGUCCACUGGGGACUGUUGUAAAACCCAAAAGGCCCCACUUAGAGCCUUUGCCUGGCUCAUCAGUGACCCAGGACAAACCCCACACCUCUCAGUCAAGCCCCCCCCCACCCCAUCGGCCCCAUUGAGGGCUAAAGUGCUGACAGAGGAGCUGCCCAUUUUCAAGGGCAGGUUCUUACAGAGCACUACUCACCCUGCUACACCUUUAUCCGUGAAACCGUCCUGAUGACCAGACUGAGGUGCUAACACAAAGCUGGGUUGUGAGUAGGGGGACUGACUUCAAGUUUUCUGGGAUGAUGGGUCACAGUGCUCAUGUGAGGACAGAUGACGUGACACAUUUAUCCAACAAACCUUUCCUGAGCACCCACUGACUGCUAGGCCAAGGUCCUGGGUGCUGGCAGGUGCGUCCUGCCCUCAGAAUGCCUGAGCUCCUCUGGAGCCUUGGAACUGUUUGAGAGGCCGCCCAGCCUCUGGGGAGGGUCUACACUAGGCUGGACAUCCCUGGGCCCAACUGUGCUUUUCCCCCCAACAUUUAAUUAUGAAUAGUUUUAAACAAACUGGAAAGAAGUACACACUGAACACCUACAUACCCACCACAGACUUUACAAUUAGUGUUUUGUUAUAUUUGCUUUACCACGUAUCUACCCAUCCAUCCAUCUAUUCAACCAUUAACUCAUCUUACUUUUUUGACUGAUAGGUUCUUGAAAUUAGUCGAAACCCUCACACCCCUAGAAGGCCAGUCAACUUACCCAUUGCAACUUUGCACACAGACGCCUCUUCUCUCCCUCGGUUCAGGCUCAGCCUGGAGCUCAGCAACAAACAGGCUGCAGACACCAGAAGCUUGCCCACAGGAACCCCAAGGCCUGGAGGUUGUCAGAGAUUUGAUGGCUGUCAUCCUUCUACCCGCACCCUCCAUCAAGGGUCAGCCAGUCACCAAGGGCUCACACCUUGCCCUCCCUGUGUGCCAGGUCCUUCCCAAGCAUCAUCUCAUCAUUAAGAGUGUGGGCUUUGGAGCCAGACAGAUGAAGGUUUGGGUCCAGCCACACCAUUGCUGGUGGGAGAGUUGGCAUCUCUGAGCAAACUGACUCCUGUUCAAAGUUGAGGAAUCACUGAGAUGGUAUCUGUUAGGAUUCACAACCUGCUAGAACCCCUGUCCUGCCACAUGGCCCUGGCCCUCCACAGCAGAGCUGGUCCAGCUGGACAUUCCCUCCACCAGACAGGAACGUCCCUGAGUGCUGAGCUCCUUUCUCUGCGAGUCUGGUGCCCCUGAUUGUCCUGGGAGAUUUCCCGGAUCCCAGCCACCAGGUGGCCAUCAUAGACCUAAUUUAACUCUAAGUCUGUAGGACCCAGCGCUCAGCACUUGGAAUGUAAAGGGGUUCAAAUAGUCAAUCAGAAGCCAGGCUUUGAGGGUGGAGGUGAGAACCUCACACCUGGGUUCUGUCUGAUAAGUCCAGGCCUGAACUGAGGACCUUGGCCUAAUGAGACCCUCAUGACUAGAGCGUGGGAGGGGAGCUGUGCCCAUACAGCUGGCCUGGCCUCAUGCCUGGGACUUUAGCCCAAGGACGAGGAGACCCAUAAAGCCAGGCCCAGCCCAGUUCCCGGCUUCACACCUGCCACAAUGCUGCUGCUCAGCCUGACCCUUAGCCUGGUCCUACUCGGCUCCUCCUGGGGCUGUGGUAUUCCUGCCAUCAAACCGGCGCUGAGCUUCAACCAGAGAAUUGUCAACGGAGAGAACGCAGUGCCAGGCUCCUGGCCCUGGCAGGUGUCCCUGCAGGACAGCAGCGGCUUCCACUUCUGCGGUGGUUCCCUCAUCAGCCAGUCCUGGGUGGUCACUGCUGCCCAUUGCAAUGUCAUACCUGGCCGUCACUUUGUCAUCCUGGGCGAGUAUGACCGAUCAUCCAACUCUGAGCCUUUGCAGGUUCUGUCCAUCUCGCGGGCUGUCACACACCCGCAAUGGAACCCCACCACUUUCAACAACGACGUGACCCUACUGAAGCUUGCGUCCCCAGCCCGGUUCACGACACGAAUCUCACCAGUUUGCCUGGCUUCCCCAAAUGAGGUGCUGCCUACCGGCCUCAAGUGUGUCACCACUGGCUGGGGCCGCGUCAGUGGCUCAAGCAAUGUGACCCCAGCACGCCUUCAGCAGGUGGCCUUGCCCCUGGUCACUGUGAGCCAAUGCCAGCAGUACUGGGGCUCACGUAUCACCGACUCCAUGAUCUGUGCUGGUGGCUCGGGGGCCUCCUCGUGUCAGGGUGACUCCGGAGGCCCUCUUGUCUGCCAGAAGGGGAACGUGUGGGUGCUUAUUGGCAUCGUCUCCUGGGGCACCAGCAACUGCAAUGUGCGCACACCUGCCAUGUACACUCGCGUUAGCAAGUACAGCACGUGGAUCAACCAGGUCACGGCCUACAACUGAGCCCACCACAGACCCCUCCCAUCCCAGUCCAAUAAAGACCCCAGGCUCUGUC